AUGGGAUCUUGUACAUAGAAACUGAAAUAAGCUAACAGAGAAAUCAACCAAAAAAUUAAAAAGAAUAAUGAAAUCUCCAUUCAGCUAUCCAAGAAUAAGUCAAAUCAAUCUCUAGAAUAUAUUUAUGAAAAAGGAAAAAAGAAAGUGGUUAAGUAAAUUGAUCAAUCGAUGAAUAUCCAAAAUUUCAUCCUGAUUUAAACUUGCAAAUUUUCAAAAGUGUACUCUUUUGUUUCUAAUACCCAAAAUGAUGGUUUGGCUUAAGUUUUAGGUAAAGGAUCAAAGGAAAAUAUAUAAAUAAUGUAGAAUAACCUGACUGGGAGGUUCAGAUUAAUGGAGACCCUCAGACUCUAUGAUUAUAAUACUAAAUAAUACAUGGAUAAUCUUAUUGCGAACCCUUUAUCACAUCCCAAUAUCUCUUAAACGCAUGAGAUUUAUUAGGAUGACGAAUCAAUUCAUUUAAUUCAUGACUAUUGCAGUGGAGGAGGCUUAAAUGGCAUAAAUUUUAAACAGGGUUAAGGAAUAGCUGAAUAAAUUGCUCUAAAAAUGUUAUUUCAGAUGAUAGAAUGCUUGAAUUAUCUUCACACAAAGGGAUUUAAUCAUGGUCAUUUGACAUACAACAGCUUCUCAAGAAUAGAUGAGUCGGAAAAUUGCUUUAUUAAACUUACAGACUUAAAACCAGUAUUUAUAAAACCAUAAAUAACAUUCGAACAAAUGCAGUAUUUAGCUCCAGAAAUAAUCGAUGAUAACCAAGAUUACUCAUUAGCCAGAGAUGUCUGGUCCAUAGGAAUCAUAUUUUUUAAACUAUUAACUGGUAAUUUACCAUAUGUAUCCACUCAACCAUACAAAUUAAGAUUAGAAAUAAGGAAAGGAAUAGUGUCAUUUACUGAUCUCUAAUUUGAUAAAAUAUCCUCAAAAUCCAAAUGUUUCUUAAACACACUACUCCAAUAUAAUCCAUCAGAAAGAUCAGAUCUUAAUUCCAUUAUCAAAUCUCCUAUGUAUAGAAGAUUGAUCUCUCAGACAAAAGAAAUGAGCAAGUAAUCUUCAAACAUGUUGAUGAAUUUUAAACAAGCCAACAUUAUAUAAUCAUUGUUUUUACAAUUUUUAGUUAGUCAAUUUUGUUAGAACUAAUAAAAUGAAAUCUAUUAAUUGUUCAAUAAAUAUGAUAAAAACGGAGAUGCUAAAUUGAGCAAAAUUGAAAUAUGUGAUCUAUUGUAUUAGCAACUCAAAUCAAAGGAAUAAGCCUAAAAACAAGUAGAGUAAAUAUUUAAAGCCAUUGACACAGAUCACAAUGGUUCCAUCGAUUGCCAUGAGUUUAUUAGGUGUAUUGUAGAUAGACAAGCAUUGAUCACUACUCCUAAUUUAAAGGUGAUUUUCAAAUUACUCUCAAAUGGUAAAGGAUCAAUUCGAAAAAAGAGAUUUAUGCAAUGUUUUUCAGUUAAUCAAAAAUAAGCUGACGACAUGUUUGCUUCAAUCACUAAAUCAAAGAGAAUCACCUUCAAAGUGUUCUCCAGGACUAUGAUGGAACUUGUUUGA